AAAACCAGAUCGGAAGCCCCAUUUCCUAUACCUAAAACCAACCCCACCUUCGCAGCGUCAGAGAGAGAGAAGGUCAAAACUCUCUGCGUAAGGGUCGAGUACCUUUCAAUGGCGGCCAAUAAGAGUUACUACGCUCGUCCAAGCUACCGUUUCCUUCCCAAUUACCGGGAGCACCACAAUCCUCUCAUCACUCACGACUCGAUAUUCGAACUGGACGAGUCCAACAUCUACGACUCACCCGAGUUCCUCAUGCCCUCCCCAGCGGCCUCGCGCCUCUCAAAGAAGCUAUCCUCCAAGCCUUCGCGAGCCAGUUCUGCCGACCGCUCCGUCGUCGCCAGCACGAUCGCGUCCUCGCUUCCGGUGAACAUUCCGGACUGGUCGAAGAUCCUGAGGGCCGAAUACAGUGAGAACCACCGCGAUGAAGGCGUUGACUAUGACGACAACGACGACGAUGACGGCGAAGAAGGCGAGGAGUUCGAGAAAGGGGUGAGGGUGCCGCCGCACGAGUUUUUGGCGAGGACGAGGAUCGCGUCCUUCUCGGUUCACGAAGGGAUGGGGAGGACUCUGAAAGGGAGGGAUCUCAGUCGGGUCCGAAACGCGAUUUGGGAAAAAACGGGCUUCCAAGAUUAGAAGUCGCGAAAAAAAAAAAAUCGGUAAGAAAUUGCGGAAUUAUUAUUAUUAUUUUUUUUUUUUUGUAAUUGUGUUUUGUGCUUUUGGAGGAGGUUGUAUCCGACGUCGUUUGAGGAAUCUAAUGCGACGAUGAGGUACAUUUUUGGACGAACAGAAAUUUAGGGCAGAGAUUGUAUUGGGAAAAUGUGUCUGGUUUUCCUUAAAAAGUUUUGCAUAAAUUAAUGAGAUGUACUUUCCGCGUGCUGAGUGAGGUAGUUGGUCUUGUUUAUCAAGCUUUUAGAAGUUGUAGAAAUUGAAGUUGUUGAGGACGACUGGUGUGGUCGUGGAGUGGAAUUUUGUUAAGAGAAAUUUACAUUUUACAGACAAGCUUUUUUACAAUUUAUUUUAUAAAAAUAAAAAUAAAAAGAAAAAGAAAAAUGAU